AUGGUAAAUAAACGACAGAAGUUGUCUGUCUGUCCAGUAGGAUCUACUAACAAUUGCAGUAUAUCAUUUAUAAGUGAUUGUUUGCAUUUAAUAAAAAAUAUUCUUCACAUACCCAACGAGCAGUACCAAAAUACUAUUUUGUGGAUAAUUUUUUCCGAACGAUUCGACGAGAUUAUUAUUGCCUUGAUCGCCAACUCUAACAGAAGACAUUGGGCAGUACUAAUCAUCGAACUAAUUGCUUUGAUUUUUAAGAACCAACACGUUGAAGAGAUGACAAAACAAAUCAUUAAAAUGAAUGAAACUAUAAGCUUUGAUAGUUCUGAAGACAAUGAAAGCAAUACUUCAUCAUUUUAUCCAAAUAAAAUGAUAAGGGAUAUACGUGAAAAUAGUUUGAUACAUAAACCAGACAAGAGUUCUAAAGAAGUUGUAGAACAUCAUUUAAACGUACAUUCCGGAAAAGAUAAGGUCGAAACUACUAACACUAUAUUUGAAGAACUUCCACUAUCAGCCGGGCUCAGCUUAAAAAAGAAAGAAAAUGAAGAAAAAGACAAUUCUAACAAUUUGGACACAGAAUCUAGCAGAAAUUUUUCCAUGGAAACUAUAAAAAAUUCGAACAGUGAAUCUAGAAAAAAUUCACUUGAAAAAAUUAAACUGGAAUUUGAGAUGAAAUUCUAUAAACCUACUUUGGCGAGUGACAUUUGUAGAAGAAAAGAAAAACCACGCAAAAAAAAAUAUACAAAAAAAAAUGUUAAAUCCAAAUUGAAAUUACCAAGUUUUCCAAUACAGUUCGAUGUGCCAAAUGAAACAUGCAUGAUAUCAUACUUUCUUCAAAAAUUUACUGUUCGUUUUCUACAAAAUGGAUUCAAUACCUUAGUCGAUGAACUUUAUAACUUACUUACAUCUAAUUCACAGCAACAAAUAGAUACUUCACUUUAUUUCUGGAUAUUAAUAUACUUUUGUAGAUUCUAUAARUUGAGCAACGUUGAAUUGAAAUUAGUCAGACGAAUUGUGUCAUUCAAACUUAUUUCAUUUAUCGUUCACGAAGGUUUUAAAAUAUCAGAACAACUAACCAUCGCAAAACUGCAAAAAUCUCCUAAUAUUCAUUUAAAAGUCAGACAUUUGCAUUUGGCCAUUAUGGCUAUUAAAGAGGUGAUAAAAACCAUUGAGUAUUAUCACCAAACUGCUGUUGAUUCACCAUUUUACGCAGAUCUAAUAAAAGAUCUUCAGAAUUCAAGUAACAACUCUCCAGAAUCAAUCUCUUGGGUAAAUGACCUMAAGUCAUUAUUCACAUUACUAAUUCGUUACUAUGACCGUGACAUACAGAUUAUUGAAUACUUGCAUGAUUUAAUAGUUACAAAUCACAUGGUAUUGUCAUUGUUCGAUACUCUUAAAAAUUGUUGGAAUUUAAACGACGGUAUUACUGCGUACGUCAAAAAGUUUGCUGUUCCUGACAUAAUGUACAAGUAUGGAAUUGUCCUACAAAAUUACGAAAAAAAUAGCGAAAUGGUCAACGAAUCUGUGUUUUCUAUGAUGCAUCAUGUAAUCACUAAAGUUGAAAAUACUACAUCACUCUUUCAACCGAUCAUUUUGAAAACAUUUUUGAAAAUUUUCGAAAAUAAUGAUUAUCAGUACAAAAGGUGGUCUGGUUUGAUUGAAAAUGUUUUAAACAAGUUUUUAAGUAUAUCACAAUCAAAGAAUUGUCCUGAAAACGCUCUUCAUGGAAUUCCGUGUAUCUACGAAUAAACUUCUAAAUUUGAAUAUUGAAAAUAAUA